AUGACGCGCAUGAUCAUCCUGGCAGGCGCUCCAGAGUCCACCAAGCUCGACUGGAGCGAAAAGUCACUUUUGCCAGAAUCGAUGCAUGUCGAGUCGCUUGCGCCACCUUCGUCGUCAGCGUCGUCCAAGGCCUUCGGCGCGCAAUGGCGACAGGUGACCACUCAACGACUUCAGAUGCGACCGGUCCUGCCCAAACUCGAAAUCGAUGCCCCUCCGCUUGCCGAUGAGCUCGACCGUGGCGGGGCCGAGUUUUUCUCCGCCGACGACUACGUGGGUACGCAGACACCCGGCAGCGAUGUCAGCGGGGACGAAUCGCAAUCGCAACCGUCGGGGGCGUCGGCCGACACGACAUCGGAGGCCUUGUCGGACUACUAUGAUCACUCGUUUGCCAUUUAUGAAGCCAUUCCUUCGUCGCAACUGUCGGGAUUUUCCGACUACACACCUGGAACUCCUACAUAUGAAAGUAACGACGAAAUGUUUCCCCAGACGCCGGGAUCUGGUGGAGGCAUCAUUCGGACGCCCUCUCAGAGGCGGUUGAGCCAGGCACCGAGACCGAAACAUCUCAGCGAUCUGGAAGACAUUCCCAACGCACGAUACCUGUCAUCAAUCGAGCCGCAGACCAUGACGGUGAAUCUGAUUGUUGGGAUUCUGUCCAUUGCUCCACCGCGGACGGUCAUCACAGGGACUAAGUACGGCAAGCCACGCGAGACAGACCUUGUGGAAAUGGUGGUGGGCGACGACACCAAGACCGGGUUCAGCAUCAGCAUGUGGCUGCCGCGGGAGAUGCGGGUGAAUUGGAAGGACGGAGCAAAAUCGGCGCCUGAAGGCUCACGGAGCUUACUGCGCCGGAAUCUGCGUACCCUGAGACCCCGAGACGUUGUGUUACUACAGAAUGUCGCGUUGAGUUCGUUCCGGGGCAAAGUGCACGGCCAGAGUUUGAAAGGCGACGUGACCAAGGUCGAUCUGUUGUUCCGGAAGAAAGUGGAUGAUGAUGAUCUAGGCGGCAUCUAUUCGGCGUCGAAUCUUCGGACAGCGUCGAGCCGUGAUCCCCAGAUUCUGAAGGUCAAGAAAGUGCGGGAUUGGUUGUUGGAGUUUGUGGGCGAUCGGGAGGGAGGAGGAUCUGGAAAAGGGCGGCGGGGAGGCUCUCGUUUAAGACGCGAUUACGGUUUCCUGCCUGACGACUCCCAAUAA